UUAUGAAUUGAUUUUAUUUUUUUUGUUUGAAUUGAAGGUGUGUAAAGGGUCACAUGUAAUGCCUGCAAUCUUCAGAUCCUAAAAACCGGAUGCAUAGGAAAUCCUUAUCCCGAAAAUUCCCUUAUAUUAAAUUGGUAAAACAAAAAAAAUAAGGUCGAAUUUAGAACCUCCUCCUUUUUUAAAUCGGCGUAAAAGGGUAAAUAUGCGGAAUAGUUGUAACGUUUUCGCGGAUUAGACGAUGGACGAAAUAGGUAAUUUACGUUUUUUCUAAUAAUCCUAAGGGGAAUUGGGUGGUCUUCAAAUCUAGAAACAUUUAUGAAUGGCGGCCUACUAUUAUUGCCUUAAAGAAUAUUGAACGACCUGCCUAAGGGUUGGACGAACCAAAAAACCAUUAGUUACUUACUUGUAUUUGAAAGACUCGAGUCUCUUUAAGCACUACUUCCUACUACCUUUACCCACCUCGAACCCUGAGGCUUAAAUGCACGCACUCACUAUAGACCACAUUCCUUUGUAACUUUACUAAGUGAUCCCCACAUAUGCGUUUGAAAGAUUAAACAAAUUUUAAUGCGGAUUAUAACAUUUAGCGCUAGCAACGUAGGAUGGUUAAAUCAACAUCAAACAUAAUAAAGCAUAUCAAUGCUUUGUAAGCUGUCAACUAUCAAACUGUUUUAUUAUAAAUUGUCCAUUCUAAAUUAAAAGAUUAGGAUUAUUUGCGAUAAAAUAGGAACCUAUGAAAUAGGCAACUUUCGGAAUCUCAUAGAUGUUAAUCAUUCAUCCAAGUCCUAAUAUAAAUGAAAUUUUGCAUUUGUAGAUCGAGUUAUUUGAAACACUGAAAACCGUAUCAAAAUGCAUGGAGGCUUAAGCAAUAUUUCCGGAAAAUGCUGAUGCAAAAGUAUAUUCUAUAUUUCUUGACAUAAAAAACAGUUUUCCUUACUUAUAAGUAGUUAGGCAGGAAGUCAUUCUGAAGAACAUUCUUGGGGAUUUUACCUUUUAAGUCUGAAACAAUACAGAACAGGUAGGAGUGGUGGUCACCCGUGUCACCUCAAGUUGAAAUUUCCAACAAUAGACAAAAUCGUCAUCAGUUAUGUUUGAGAAUUUUAAUAAGAAGGGGGAAAACCCGCAAGAAGCGACGGGGAGAUACAUGUCCUGCUAGCAGUGAAUGCAAAUACUUACUGGUAUUUUUGUACUCUUUGGUAAGCAGGUACUUAAGGGAAAGGUUGUGGGGUAAAGUAGAUAUUACGUGAAGACUUUUGUUAGCUUCUUAAAUGAAAAAUUCGUCGAUCAUUUAUAAUAAUUUAGUAAACCAAUGUCGUUUAGGAAUAAGGCGCGUAGCACAACUGCCACGUUGGCAAGCUGAUCUCAUUGUUUAGUCUGCACAGUGCUGACCAAAACUAUUUGGACGAAUCUUACAACGGCCUAUUAUUCGCGUGGGUUGGAGUCAUAUACUCUAUUACAUAGAGACAUACAAUGUGCGACUGAUCUUUGUUUGUAGUCCAAGUUCAAAGUUAUCUCCCUUUAGUCAAAUCUGCUGUUUUUACACAACUUCUACCUACAUGUCAUUUCAAAAUUGUGUUCCAGCAUGUUUGUACCCCAGUUGAAAUAAUAACGCUAAUAUUCUACUAUGGAUACCUAAAUAUUAGCUGAGAUAGUAUACUUAAUAGGUAUUUGGCAUAAAUUAUACUUAUUUUCAUUGAAUCGGCGCCAAAUACUUUUAUCUCUUUUAUCAGCGACGGUGACUACGCCUAUAUCAUAAUAUUAAUUAGUUAAUCAGAGUAUGACUUCAUAAAAAAAUAAGAUAAGUAAAAUAUUUUUAUCACAAUUAUCACGCUUUUAAAAAUAUCUUUAUUAAAUGUAUGCGAUUGAUGUUGGGAAAACCACGGCUCAUUAGUGUUUGUUAGUUAUUAUCAUUUUUAGCGUUGUUAUCGGAACAUACUUAUCAGGCUGCUGUUAUAUCCGGAUGUCAAAAAUGUUUUGCUUAAAACGGAAUGUUUUUCGGCAGAUGUUUUUGUUUACGUUUAGUUAAUAGUAGGUAGGUAUUGCAAUUUGAUACUGUUCAUUGGAAAUGUACAUACUAAGUUUACUUUAAUCACCAAUCCUAAUAGAAUUGGUAACAAUUAAUAAAAAUAGUAAACAAAUCCCUAAAUAAAUUGUUAUUCUUAAAAUGGAAGCCAAAUCCAAGCCUCUAAAUGUAGCCGAACUUCUGACUUUUAAUAAUGAAGAGUUAUUUGAAUUUUGAUUUUGUGUAUAAAAGGUGUGUAAAAGGGGUGAGUAGGUAUAAAAAUAUAUAAAAAAGAAUAGGAUCACUCCAUCUCUUUUCCAUUGAUGUCUUAAAAGGUGACUUAGGGAUAGGGUUUAAAAACUUAGGAUUCUUCAUUUAGGCGAUUGACUAUCAUCAAGUCACUAUUUAAAUCUCAAUUCAAUCAUAAAGCCAAACAGCUGAACAUAGCCUUUUAAUUUUUGAAGACUGUUGGCUCUAUCUACCCCGCAAGGGAUAUAGACGUGAAUAUGUAUGCAUGAUGUAUGAAAGGUGGACUUUUUUUAGAUGAACAUUUAAUGCGAAGAAGGGUCAAUAGCACAAAAUACCUAUUGAUCAUCCCUUAGUCCAAAUUAAAUUGAAAUCAACCUAAUCAAAUGCAUCCUUAUACCACCUCAGUAUAUACCAAAAGGAUACGUAGCCGCAUGCACACUAGGCACGAACGAUUUACAAUAAAUAAUCAUUUGAAGACUUACUUAAUUUGGUUCCAGUCACGAUGUCUCGAAACUAAUCCGUGUAGCGUGUCCAGUUCGUGAUGGCGACCGGAUCUGCGGGCGGCGGCGCGGGCGCCGGAAGCAAGACUUCCGCUCCCUCGGGACGUCACGCAUCGCGGGCCCAGUGUCUUACUGCUUUCACGAUACUAUUGCAAUACUUUUCUUUAUACAUCUCCAAUAAGCACACAAUUCACCUGAAGUGCGUCUAUUAACAUGAUUCCGACCCCUAUUGGCCGCGCUUUGUUCGCUAAAUUUCUUAAAUUGUGAAACAAUAUGUCAACAAAUACGCAGCAUAUAUUAAAGUAUCGAUUGCAAAAAGAAAGAAUAAAGUCUCGUAAGAUGUCAUCCUAACUGACAUAAACUGCUUGAAUGAUGCCAUGGCGUAAGAUGUUGUCAUCUGAUCAAUAAAAUGUUCAUUCCAAUCGUAUGCAGUUUUGAGCACAAUAUUUUUAUAAAACCAACUUAAAUUAAGCACCUUACUGCUUAUUAAGUAUUUGAUUUUCCAUAAAUCUUCAAAUGAAUCAAGAAUGGAAUCUGAACCCGAAAAUAUCUUACCACCUUUGCUAGUAAAUAAUCCACGGGAAAGAAUCGAAGCUCAACAGAUUUCGCUGACUAAAAUACUGCCCAAGUCCCCGAGAAAGCGAAAAUCAAUUCACAAAAUAAUUGAGGCGGUGCCAGAACCUAAACCGCGGUUUCCUUUGGAAUUGUCUUGUUUUCCUCAUCAGAUGUGUUUCAAACUGGAUCAAGAAACUGUUACGCAGAAAUUGAGAUUGUGGAACAUAUGCAAGCAUACAAUCUACGUCCUCAAUUGCGGGAUGUGGGACGAUACAGCCAGGCUUGGCGCCAGCUGGUUCUGCUCCCCUCACACCAGGAUCCUCGUUCCUCCAGGCUUCAUAGCCAAGAUCACGAUCACAGCUACGCCCAGAGGCUGCGCUCCGAUACCCUGUGCCACCUCGGCGGUACAAGUUGCCCUAGCAAACAAAAGAGACCUAGUCGUGGGAUAUAUCGUCGUACCAGUCUGUGUUAAAUUCUUAAGCUACAGACCUCCAAGUUUUGGUGAAGGUGGAUAAUAAAGUUCUUAUGAAAAUAAAUUAA